AUGUUUCCAUUGAUUCAAUCCCUCACGGCGACUCCAGAAUCUUUGGAAAUCGCCACAGAAGACGUGAUUCGUGAAUUUCACGAUGACGGCGUCGUCUAUUUGGAGCUACGCUCAACUCCAAAAUCGACAAAAUUUAUGAACAAGAGCGAAUAUGUCAAAACUAUAAUUAAAGGGAUUCAAAAUUGCGCAAAAAAAUAUGUCAUUGUUGUCACAUUGAUUUUGAGUAUUGAUCGGCGGCAAACUAUUGAAGAAGCUGAAGACACCUUAAAUUUAGCUCUAGAAGACGAUUCCGGUUUGAUUGUUGGCCUAGAACUUAGCGGAAAUCCAAUUCUCAACGGCGUCAAAUUCAUUCCAAUUUUGGAAAAAGCUCGAAAUGCCGGCCUCGGCGUCUCCGUGCACUUGGCCGAAAUUGAGGAGAAUUCCGACGAGAUUCUCGAUUUUCUUCGCUUCAAACCCGAUCGAAUUGGCCACGGCACAUUUCUUCAUACAAAUUCCGAGUUUGUAAGGCUCAUGGAGCAAUUGAAAAUCCCACUUGAAAUUUGCCUUACUUCCAAUACUUUGUGCAAAACAACGCCAACCAUCAAAGAUUCCCAUUUACCAUUUUGGCGGUCUCGCGGAAUUCCUGUGGCAAUUUGUGCGUCUGAAUCAUUUGGGUUCACGUUUGACGAUCUUCGACAAAUUUCAAAAGACUCGCUUCGAAUUUCAUUCGCCGCCCGAAAAUUGGAUGGAACGAUAAUUGAGAAAAUCGAAAAGUUGAUCGAUCUUUGA